AUGCCUUCCUCAUCACUCUUUCUGAGGUCGAGCACCACACUCGUUUCUGCUUUGUUGUUGCUUUCUUCUUCUGUUUCUGCUGAUACUUCCAACACGUACUAUGCUCUGGACACUGAAUACUCUGGCAAUAAUUUCUUCGACGGAUUCAACUUCUUUGCUGAUGCCGAUCCUACACAUGGCUUCGUCACUUACGUCGAUGAGGAUACUGCUAAGGCUGAUGGCCUAAUCACUUUCGAUGGCGGGUCGGCCCAGAUGAGAGUCGACCACAAGCACACAUACAACGGCAGCGCACCCUACUCGAACAUCAACGGUGUUGGACGGCCGAGCGUCAGGAUUGAAAGUGCCAAGUCAUGGACACACGGCCUCUUUAUUGCCGACAUCAAACACAUGCCUACAACAAAUGAUGGCAGUGGUUGCGGUGUCUGGCCGGCAUUCUGGACUCUGGGUUCUGGCACAUGGCCGUACAACGGCGAAAUCGACAUCAUUGAGGGUGCGAACAACCAAGGCACCGACCUCACAUCCACCCACGUCGCCGGCACCUGCGUCAUUUCCCAAAGCCCCUUGGAGAUGACUGGUACUACGAACGGUGUCAAUUGCCAGUACGACGUGAGCACUGGCGGCAAUGCGCAAGGCUGUGGCGCUUUUGACACCAGCUCUGCCAGCUACGGAUCGGGCUUCAACUCCAACAAGGGCGGUGUCUAUGCGAUGGAGUGGACCUCGGACGCGAUCAAGAUCUGGUUUUUCUCGCGAAGCUCCAUCCCUUCGGAUAUUGCGUCUGGAAAACCGGAUCCAUCGGGCUGGGGACUGCCAGCUUCCAUCUUCGACGGCCCAGGCUGCGACGUCGAUGCCAACUUUGCCGAUAACAGGAUCAUCUUUGACACCACUUUCUGCGGCGACUUCGGUGACGCUACCUGGGGCAAUGGGUGCUCAGCCAGCACCGGUGUAAGCCAGUGCUCCGUCUGGGUGGGCAGCAACCCAGCACAAUUCAAGGAUGCGUACUGGGAUGUCAACUACGUCCAAAUCUAUCAGACCCAACCAGUCACCACCACCACGUCAAGCUCGACCACCACCACCCUCGUCACUACAACGAGACCCCCGUACACCCAGUCAAGCGGUCCCACCACGACUGCCACCAGCCCUGUCGUUCCGACCACCACUCCAUAUGUACCACACACCACCCCCAGCAGCACAUCUGGCCGUCCAACGACAUCUCCCACGUCGAGAUCCCUCUCCAUCGGACCUUUCUUCAACACCAGCACCAGCGCCAGCCCGAGCGCCAGCACGUGGUACGACUGGACGGCAACGACGACCGACCCCGUCACCAGCACCUGGGAAGACUGGUCAGAUCCCACAACCAGCAGUUCCAGCAAGUCUAGCUCCUCCAGCUUCCUGUGGCAAGAUUGGAUUGGACCACUUCGACAACCAAGCCCACCGAUCCGGCCACAGCUUGGGGCGACUGGAGUGAUAGCAGCUCAGUCGUGA